UCUUUCUUCUCUCUAAUUAUUCUGUUUCACUUACAGUUCAAGAGAAAGAUCAGUAGUGUGCAUAUAUGAUCUUAUAAUUCAGAUAGGAUAGCCGAAGAGGGUUAUAAAUAUAUAAAGUAUAAUUCCUUUUGAUCUGGUAUUGUUUUUACUUUUUAGGCUUUUCUAUCAGGAAAUAAAAAUGAGCAGCAGCAGCAGCAGUAACUUGGAGAAAAGGUCAUUGCUGGAUGAGCUGAGUAGCUUCGAGAAGGGUGGCUUCUUUGACCUCGGCCACCCUCUCCUCAACCGCAUCGCUGAGAGCUUCGUCAAAGCCGCCGGGAUCGGAGCUAUUCAGGCUGUGUCACGCGAGGCUUAUUUUACAGCCAUCGAAGGUGCAGGACUUGAUUCGGGUGGUGGUGAUGUGUCAUCGGAGCUCUCAGGUGCCAAGAAACGUCGGUUCCCAGACCUUAGAGGAGAAACCAACAGAAAAUCCCUUGAAGCCAUGGUGAAGAAUACAGGAAAAGAAUCUUUGCAGUGGGGACUGGCUGCUGGAGUGUAUUCAGGUCUCACUUAUGGGCUAAAGGAGGCUCGUGGAUCUCAUGAUUGGAAAAACAGUGCAGUUGCAGGAGCAAUAACAGGGAUGGCAUUGGCACUUACAUCUGAGGACUCCUCACAUGAGCAGAUUGUGCAAUGUGCAAUCACUGGAGCUGCAAUUUCCACUGCUGCAAAUCUUCUUACUGGGAUAUUUUAAGGCCACCAAAGAAAUGUAGCUGCCUUCCUGUUUUACUUUGAUAUGUUAUUGUCGGUACUUGUCUAAGAAUGUUGUUGUUGCUAGGAUUUUCCUUGAGAAGGUCUUUUCCCUUAAUUAUUAUAAAGGUUUUGGCACUUUCUUGGACUGGUA